CUCUCAUCUUCUUCUCUACUCUCUCCCAUACUCACUUCAUUACACUCAAAAUCCCUUUCCCAAUUUUGCCCCUAACUGACAAAUUAAAUAUUAUCAGUCACCAUUCCCUAAAUCCCAACCCCAUAUGAUGAAACCAUCCAUCCUUUCUUCCAGAAGGUUCCUCCUCCAGGCGGCAGCGGCGGCGCAACCGCCGCCCGGCGACCCGACGUCGACGUUCAAUCCGACGACGCCGUUCGAUUCCUCCAUGGCUCUAACGAUUCUAGUCCUCCUCACCGCGCUCUUCUUCAUGGGAUUCUUCUCCGUCUACAUCCGCCGCUUCACCGCCGCCGAGGAGGAGAAUUCGCAAUCCCCGCCGCGGCGGGCGGCGCCGCCGCCGCAGGAAAAGCGCGGCCUGGACCCGUGCGCCGUGGAGUCGCUUCCGGUGGCGGCCUACGGCGCGGCGACGAAGCACCCGAUGAUCGACGACUGCCCGAUCUGCCUCGGCGAGUUCCGCGACGGAGAUACGGUUAAGGCGAUACCCUACUGCGGUCACGUGUUCCACCCUAAGUGCCUCGACACGUGGCUUUGGUCGCACGUGACCUGCCCGCUGUGUAGGUCGGCUCAGCUGUUCAGCGAGGAGGUCCGGCUGGAUGUGAAGCCGAGCCGGGAGAGCGCAGGAUCGACGGCUGGGGAUAAGGACACGUGUAGGGCGGAGAGCUCUGGUGGCGUACGGAGGGUCUGUAGCUGCGCUGAGUUGGCUAAUCGAACGGCUCUGCAGAGAACCACAAGUUUCUGACAAUGUAUGUAUUUUAAUACUCUCUUAUCUGUUUGGAAAAAAAAAAAAAAAUUUUAAUUGUGUGUUUUAUUAUAUAAAAA